CAAUCGGUUCCCCCCUUCCCUGGUCUUCGGACCCGGCCCGUCUGCCCACCAGCUGGUUUGGUGGGGCGAGGUUGAAGGCCAAUCCCGGCAAGCACCAUGGCGGCCGCCCUGGGAACAGGCGGAGGAGCUGGAGCUGGAGAUGAUGACUUUGAUCAAUUUGAUAAGCCUGGUGCAGAACGGUCCUGGAGAAGAAGAGCUGCAAAUGAGGACUGGGACAGUGAACUUGAAGAUGACCUACUUGGAGAAGAUCUGCUAUCUGGCAAAAAGAAUCAGUCGGACUUGUCAGAUGAAGAGCUGAAUGAUGAUCUUUUACAGAGUGAUAAUGAAGAUGAAGAAAAUUUCAGUUCUCAGGGUAUCACAAUUAGUCUCAAUACCACAUCUGGCAUGGUACCAUCAUUUGAACUGUCUGACAACACUAAUGACCAGUCUGGAGAACAGGAAUCUGAAUACGAACAAGGAGAGGAUGAAAUAGUUUAUCACAAAUCUGACGGCUCUGAAUUGUAUUCUCAAGAGUACACAGAAGAAGGACAGUAUGAAGGCCAUGAUGCUGAGUUGACAGAAGACCAAAUAGAAUAUGUGGAAGAGCCAGAGGAGGAACAGCUUUACAAUGAUGAAGUGUUAGACAUUGAAAUCAAUGAACCUUUAGAUGAAUUUACAGGAAGUAUGGAAACUUUGGAACUCCAGAAGGAAGUAAAAGAAGAAUCAGAUGAAGAAGAUGAUGAUGAUGAAGAAUCUGGGAGAUUACGUUUCAAAACUGAAAGAAAAGAAGGAACAAUUAUUAGGCUGUCAGAUGUAACUAGAGAGAGAAGAAACAUUCCAGAAACUUUGGAACUUUCAGCAGAAGCCAAAGCUGCAUUGCUUGAAUUUGAAGAAAGAGAGCGACAGCACAAACAGGGACGCUAUGGUUCAAGGCGGGGAGGAAGGAGAGGAGGUUCUUUAAUGUGUCGUGGAAUGGGAGACCAGAGAAGAGAGAACAGUGACAGGGGAAGAAUAAAAGAUCACAGACCUGCUCUGCUUCCGACACAGCCUCCUGUAGUGACUCAUUCUCCAAGAUUAAUUCCUCCUCCACAGCCGCAGCCUCCACCUCCACCACCACCACCUCCUCAGCAGCAGCCAAUUAGAAGCCUGUUCCAGCAGCAGCAGCUCCAGCCUCUGCUUCCCUUACAGCAUCCUCAUCACCCCUCUCCUCCUCAAGGAAUGCAUAUGCCUCCCCAGAUAGAAACCCCGAGAAUAAUGAUGACCCCACCUCCAGUGACUCCACAGCAGCCCAAGAACAUACAUAUAAAUCCACAUUUCAAAGGAACUGUAGUAACUCCUGUCCAAGUGCCCUUGCUGCCACUUCCGAGCCAGCCAAGACCUGCUGUAGGACCCCAGAGAUUCCCAGGCCCUCCAGAAUUUCCACAGCAUGCGCCGGGGCCUGUUCCCAAUAAUUUUAGCCAGCCCCCACGACUUCCUAUUCAGGACCAAUGGAGAGCCCCACCCCCUCCUCAAGACCGAGACCCUUUCUUCAUAGGAGUUUCAGGUGAACCAAGGUUUCCAAGUCAUCUUUUUCUGGAGCAGCGAAGCCCCCCUCCGCCACCACCUCCACCCACACUUCUUAACAGUAGUCAUCCUGUUCCUACUCAGAGUCCUUUACCAUUCACUCAGCCUGGACCAGCAUUCAGUCAGCAGGGACAGCAACCAGGGUUCCCCAGAGAAAGGCCCGUAAGACCAAGCCUUCAGCCUCCAGGCCCCGUGGGAAUUCUUCACUUCAGCCAGCCGGGAUCAGCAAAUACACGGCCUUUUAUUCCUCCUAGACAGCCGUUCUUGCCUGGCCCAGGACAGCCAUUUCUACCAACACACGGGCAGCCUAAUCUGCAGGGGCCAUUGCAUCCUCCAUUGCCACCUCCACAUCAGCCUCAGCCUCAGCCUCAACAGCAGCAACCUCAGCAUCAGCAGCAGCAGCCCCAGCAUCAGCCACAGCAUCAUCAGCACCAACCCCAGCACCAGCCCCCACUUCAGCCCCAACACCAACCACCACAUCAGCCGCCACAUCAACCUCCUCCCCAGCAUCAGCCUCCUCACCAGCCGCAGCAUCAGCCGCAGCACCAGCCUCCACAUCAACCCCAGCAGCAUCAGCAUCACCACCACCUUUCCGUUCCUCCUCCACCUCUGAUGCCCAUGUCUCAGCCACAGUUUAGGCCUCACAUGCAGACUACUCAACCUCAACCAAAUAACAGUAGAAUGCAGUGUCCCCAGCGCCAGGGUCUAAGGCAUAAUACUACUUCACAGAAUGUAACCAAGCGGCCAAUUCAGCAGAUGCAGCCAACUGCUCCAAGAAAUAGUAAUUUGCGUGAAUUACCAAUAGCCCCAUCGCACGUCAUAGAGAUGAGUAACAAUCGUUGCUCCUCCACACCUGCAGCUCAAGUGAAACCAAUUAUAAGCACGUCACCGCCCACGAGGUCUGUGGUGGGUUCCAGGAACUCACAGGGAAAGACCGAAGUGAAAGUCAAGCCUGUUAGCCCUGUGGUUCAACCUAGAGAAGAAGCAAAAACAGAACCAGAGUUUCCUGAUGAAGAUGAGGAAACAAGGUUAUAUCGUUUAAAGAUAGAAGAACAGAAACGCCUAAGAGAAGAAAUCCUGAAACAAAAGGAGUUACGACGGCAACAGCAGGCUGGUGCUCGAAAGAAGGAGUUACUUGAAAGACUGGCGCAGCAGCAGCAGCAGCUGUAUACCCCCCAGCUCCCAGCAGAGCAAGAAGAACGGACGUCUUCACCUUCACCCACCAAUGGUAACCCAUUGCUACCCUUUCCAGGUGCACAGGUCAGACAAAAUGUGAAAAACAGACUUCUUGUUAAAAACCAAGAUGUCACUGUUUCAAGCGUUCAGCCCAAAACAUCAAGUUUUGUACCAUCUGGUGCUAAUAUGCAGUAUCAAGGACAGCAACUGAAACCACUGAAACAUUUGAGACAGGCCAGAACAGUACCUCAAAGUCAAACUCAGCCGUCUCUCAAAGUACUACAGGUAAAACCUGCUGACAUGGAGGAAAUGCCAUCUUCACCGCAGACUGCCAGAGUGGCCUCCGUCCCAGGCCGGCCCCAGGAAGUGAGACCUGGAGUGAAAAGGACGGUCAUGCAGCGGGCAAACAGUGGUAGUGGAGACGGGCCGCACGUCAGCUCCAAAGUCAGGGUGAUUAAGUUGUCAGGCGGGGGAGGAGAGAGCGAUGGCUUUUUUCACCCAGAGGGCCAGCCCCACCGGCUUCCUCAGCCUCCAGAAGGGAGACAACCACCUGUCCGGAAGGUCACGCUGACCAAGGGGACCCUGCAGCAGCCACAGCACCCGCCAGUGGCCGCCCACAUGCACCCAGCUAUUCCUCCAGGGAUCAAAAACAUUCAAGGAAUCCACCCAGCAAAGAAGGUCAUUAUGUACGGGAGAGGUAGAGGAGUAGCAGGUCAGAUGGGUAGAGGACGCCUCAUGCCAAAUAAACAGAAUCUACGCGUGGUGGAGUGCAAGCCUCAGCCUUGUGUCGUGUCGGUGGAAGGGCUGUCUUCAUCAACUACUGAUGUCCAGCUGAAAAACCUGCUCAUGUCUGUAGGACCCAUUCAGAGUUUACAGAUGCUUCCUCAGCAACGGAAAGCCAUAGCGAAGUUUAAGGAACCAGCACAUGCAUUAGCAUUUCAGCAGAAAUUCCACAGGCAUAUGAUAGAUUUGUCCCACAUAAAUGUGGCUCUGAUUGUUGAGUGAUUUUGAAUAGGAGAAUCUGACCUUAUGCUAUACAAACACUGUGGAAUUUCUUCAAGGAAGCUCCCGGAGCAGAAUCCUCAAGAUCUUAGACCUUUCCAGUCACAGCCUUGCAUAACUGUUGUCCGGAGCUACAGACAGCAAGCAACAGGAUUGAUUCAAGAAGAGCUGAACUUACAGGACGUAGCAAACUGGAGUUUGGUGUUAGAUUUCUUCAAAUUCUGUUGUAACCACAAAGAGCUACAGUUUUUUAUUGUCUUUUGUUUUCAAAGUGCUUACGAUGCAUGUAGACAUUGUUGUUCAGGAUCUUACUGUAUGAUCGAUCACAGUGACUUAGAUUCAGGAAAGAACAUUAAUGCCACAGAUUCACAGUAUUUUUCACAGCAAAGAAUAUUUGAUAAUGGUUGCACUUAUCUUCAGUGCAGGCUAGAAAACAGUUUUCUCAGCCAAGCUUCACUUGAAUUGUCUUCUCAGAAAGACAUCAAAAAGUCCUUGUAAAAAUGUAGAUUAAAAUUUGGGUGAUUAUUGAUUGACAUUUGCAUAUCCUGGAAAGCCAGGGUGUGAGGGGGUGGUUGGGAGUGGUGCCGAUUGAAGUGGCAGAUUCUGCUUCUUGUAAAUAUUUCAAAAGCACCAACUGUGUGUUCCUGCUUCCAAGGAACUAGUACCCUUUCGCCAGUAUUCCCAAAUAAGGCAAAAUGCUGGCUAGGCACGAUUGCCGUUCCCUCUGGCUUAGAGAAAGGCAGGGUUAGCCCUCUUAUCCUGCAGCUCUUUGACAAAGUUCGCCAUUAGUAGAUUUCCAUAUCAUAUAUACAGUGUGAGAUUGAGGGGCAGCUUGAAGGUUUAACAGACCAGUUUGAUUUUCCCCCCUCUUUUUAAAUAGAGUCCAGAGUGGCAGAUUUUUGUCCCUGGCUUUGUGAUAUGUAGAACAUUCUUUGGGAACUUGGUUAUCAUCGUUUUGAUUAUCUUUUUCUCCCCCCCUUUCUUUUUCUUUUCCUUCCUCUUUUCUUUGUUUUGAGGGCCUUUUGAGCAGGGGAUGUGCUGUCCUUCAGUGGACCUAAUGGCAAAGUGAUUUUGCUCUGGCACAUACCCUUUAUGAAAAUGGAUGUGAGGUAAUGGUUGUCUUACAUGGUAGCGUAACCUAAAAUAAAACAUAUGCAUGUCAUCGCUGAAACUGUGUUUAGUAAUUCCGGGUAGGUUCCUUUAGGUGAGACACUUAAUCUCCAUAAAGCAACCUUUAGAAAAAUUCAUUUUGGGCAAGCAUUGAAAAAAGUGCCUUAUUGUAUUUCUGCUCAUGAAAGAGUUUCACUGUUUUGGAUAUAUUCUAAUGUGGACCUGAACUAUUUGAGCAAAUAAUACUAGGGCAUACUCAGACUUUUUAAGCUAUAUUUUAUACUUAAGAUUUCACAUGAAAUGUAUUGACAUUAUUAAUAGAAUUAAAGGAGAUAGAAUGAAGGGAGACAGAUGAUCACUUACUGCAUCUAGCUAACCCAUGAGGAGCAGAAUGAGCAUUGACACACACUCUGAGCAAAUGCAUUCCUUCAUGGCCUGCAGCCUUCAGCAGGACUUAAAGGAGACGGAGUUCACAUGAGUUCGUAUCAUCUUGUGUUUUCACAGUUGUAAUUUUAUAUUGCUUUUCAAAUUAAGUGACCAAAACAGAUACUAAGAACUGGAGAAGAGUCUUCCGGACCCUUGUGAGACUUCCUGUAGCAUUGAUUCUAAAGUGGCAUCAUGUGCUUAAGAGUCAGACUAGAAAGCGAAGGUGACAGUGGUAAAGGGCUGCUCUUCAAAAGAUUUUGGUUCCAGAAAGCUGUAGGCAUUCAUGGAAUAUAUUCAGAAACCCUUUCUUUGAAAGUGAAUUUCAUGUAGACGAGUUGGCUCUAGCUGCUGGUGACUGCACCCCUUCAUUCCAGAAGGUCUCUAGCACACACUUGGAAGGUGGCAUUGUAUACCAGCCAGGCUGUUGGGUACCUCCAGCAGUUUCCCAAGUAGAAGCUCGGUGUGGUGGCCCUUCAUCUGAUUGAUAAGCUGUCACUGCCCACUUGUUUUUAGAACUAAAUUCAUACAUACUUAAAAGUGUAGAUGGUUUGGCUCAGUCCACAGAGCAGGGCAUUGAAAUGAGUUUGGUAGCCUAUCAGCUCUUAUGAAGAGAAGUCAGAACCACUCAGUAGCCCUGUUCAGCAGUGAGGAGACUUGUAGUUGCUGAACUUAGAUUAUCAGUGAGCACUUACUGAUGCAAUUUGUUUAGCAAAAUUUUACCAUUUUC